AUGCAGCAGGGGCAACAGCUGCAGCCGCCGCCACCGGCGACCGCGGCCCUGGGCAUCCCGACGACGGGCCCGGGGGUGCACAUCCACCAGGUCCAGUUUCCUCCGUCGCUGUCUCCGUUACCGGCUUGGCUCGCUAGGUCCCUUGAGCCGGUCUACACGACGGCCUCUGUCGGGCCGCACGUGCUGCCCCCGCCGGCGGCGCACCCGGCCAUGAAGUUUGGUGGGUCCUCGGGCUACGCCGAGCCCUUCGCCAGCGUCGACGGGCCCCUGGGACAGCGCACGCUCGCGUCCGACCGCACCUGGAUCGCCUCGUAUCAUCUCCGAGGAGCCGCGCAGACGUGGUACUACGCCCUCGAACAGGACGAGGGCAACAUGCCCCCAUUGGAGCGCUUCCGCGAUUCGUGCCUCUUGCGCUUCGGUCCGCCUAUACGCGGGAGCCGUCUGGCGGAGCUUGGGCGUCUUCCGUUCCUCACCUCGGUGCAAGAAUUCGUCGACCGCUUCCAGGCACUGGCGUGCCACGCUCCCGGCGUUUCAGCUCGUCAGCGGGCUGAGCUCUUCGUCGGCGGCCUACCGGACCACAUCCGCGUGGACGUGGAGAUGCGAGGGGAACAUGACCUCUAG